CGCUGUGUGGCUCCUGACAAUCCCUGCACACACGCUGAGCCCCGGGGGCAGCGGUGGCCCGUGGGAGUCCUGUCCGUGGUGGAUGCUCUGCCCAGGCUUUCUCUCCCCAGCCCCGCCGAGCUGCAGGCAGCCCGUGGCAGGACACGGGAGCCCGCCACGCUCCCGCCCUCCACUCGUGUGCUCCUCAAGAGACGGGAGGUGGCAGAGGCGGAGCGGGAGCUGCAGAACCAGCGGAAGGAGUUCGAGCAGCGGAUGCAGCGCCUGGCGCAGCGCCGGCAGCAGCUGGCCCGGAGGCGAGAGCAGCACCGCGAAGCCGUGCUCAGCUUUGAGUCCUUCCUCAAGGCGGUGGCGGCCAGGCGGGAGCGGGCGGAGCGCCGGGCGGGCGAGCAGCGGGAGCGGGCGGCGGCGGAGCGGGCCGAGGCUGCCCGGCUGCAGCGGGAGCUGGAGCAGCUGCUGCGGCGGAGGGAGCGCCUGGCCCGGCGACUGCGGAGCCUCCGGCCCUUCGGGGACUACCUGCGGGACGUGCUGGCCAGGAUGGGGCAGUUCCAGGACGUGCCGGCCAUGCUGGAGCAUUUUGGGGUGCUGGCCGGGGUGCGGGCAGCCCUGGCACGGGAGGCAGAAGCCGGGCAGGAGCUGCUGGCCCAGGGCAGGGCACAGUUCCAGCGGUACCGUCAGGAGGCCAGCACCCAGCUCCAGGGCACCAGGGAUGAGCUGGCCCGGCUCCACACACGCCUGGAGGCUGCCCACCAAGACGUGCUGCAGUGGGAGUCCUGCUGGACCCAGAUCCAGAGCACAGCCAUGCAGAAGACCCUGCUGCUGGGGCAGAUCAGGCUGGCUGUGCUGAACCUCUUCCAGCAAAUCACUGCGGAGCUCAAGAUCCCCAUGGAUCAAGGCCAGGAGGACACAAAGGCCCAGUUGGACAUGGUGCUGCUCUGCAUGCAGGGCCUGGCUGACAUCUGUGCCACUGGCACACACCCACAGCACCACGGCACUGCCAGGCUGCUUCAGGACCAGGGAUAGCCCCUGGGGACACCUGCCUGCUCCUGGGGCUGGGGAGAACCCGCCAGGGCCAGCAUGGUGCCACAGGACCCCUGGGGACAGAGGUAAUUCCCUGCAUGUCUGGAAAGCCCAUGUCAAGAGGCAACACGGAUGGCAGUGGCACAGGCACACUGGGGAGGCACCACACCCAGGCAGGGCCAGAGCACUCCUGAGGUUCCCUCCUGCACAGAGCACCUGAGGCAGAGGGAGGAGGAGGAAGGAGCUGCUGUUGGCAUCUCUGAAGGUAUUUCACAUCAAAAUACAUCCCACUGUGC